UUAAGUAGUAAUGGAGGGAGGAGCAUCAAGAUUUGGUGUGUUGUUGUUUGUAUUAAUAAUUUUGUUAGGGUUUGUGGAGGGAGAGGAGGAGCAGCGGAUAACGGCGCUGCCGGGGCAACCACGGGUGAAUUUCUCGCAAUUUUCCGGGUAUGUGACUGUGAGUGAGAAACACGGCCGUGCUCUCUUCUACUGGCUCACUCAGGCUCACUCCAAUGCUUCCAUCAAACCCCUUCUCCUUUGGCUCAAUGGAGGGCCAGGAUGUUCAUCAGUGGCAUAUGGAGCAUCUGAAGAAAUUGGGCCAUUUAGAAUCAAUCAAACUGCUUCAUCUCUCUACCUAAACAAAUAUUCAUGGAACACAGACGCAAAUAUACUUUUUCUCGAGUCUCCGGCUGGAGUUGGAUAUUCAUAUACAAACACAUCUUCUGAUCUCCGUCACACAGGGGAUAAAAGAACAGCGCGAGAUUCUCUAAUUUUCAUUUUGAAAUGGCUGGACAAAUUUCCUCGGUAUAAGUACAGAGAAUUCUACAUUUCUGGGGAGAGUUAUGCAGGACAUUACGUUCCUCAAUUAGCGCAAGCGAUACUUGAGUAUAACAAAAGAUAUUUCCGUUCCAAUCCGAUCAUCAAUCUCAAAGGGUUCAUCGUCGGCAAUGCUGUCAUGGACAACUACUACGAUAAUAUUGGGACCGUGACAUAUUGGUGGACUCAUUCUAUCAUAUCAGAUAAAACCUACAAGCGAAUCUUAAAGUCAUGUGAUUUUAGGACACAAAAUACUUCUCGAGAGUGCGAUGAUGCCAUGGAUUACGCUAUGAGCUAUGAAUUUGGGGAGAUCGAUCCUUAUAGCAUUUACACGCCGAAAUGCGAGGCAUCCUCAAAAAGAUUACGCCAACGCUCUUUAAAAUUCAAGAAUAACCCUAUUCAUCUUAGAUUUUCCGGCUACGACCCUUGCACUGAGAGAUACGCGGAGAUAUAUUAUAAUCGGCCAGAUGUACAAAAGGCCCUUCAUGCAAAUACAACGGGGAUCCCGUACAAGUGGACCGCAUGCAGUGAUGAUCUUCUAGGAAAUUGGAAGGACUCCGAGUUUUCGAUGCUCCCAACGUACAAAAAGCUCAUUGCUGCGGGGCUUAGAAUAUGGGUAUUCAGCGGAGAUACAGACUCGGUUGUUCCAGUGACGGCAACUCGAUUUUCCCUACGCCAUCUCAAUCUUAAAGUCGAAAGAGAAUGGUAUCCAUGGUACUCCCAAGGCCAGGUUGCCGGAUGGACUGAAGUCUACAAAGGCCUAACUUUUGCGACAGUUAGGGGAGCGGGGCAUGAGGUUCCCCUGUUCCAACCAGAAAGAGCUUUGACACUUUUCCGGACAUUCUUGUCCGGGAAAUACUUGCCUGAUUCUUCAAAACAAUAGCAUACGUAUGAAUACACGAA